UGUAGAAGCAAGUACACUUUGACAUCUUUAUAUCACUUUAUUUAUCAGAGAUGAUCACCGAGAUGAAAAAGAAAAAGAAACUAGCUAAAGUGUUAAUUCCUCUACUAGUAUUCUUGGUGAUAGUCAACACAAUUUCUAUAGUAAGUCUGUUCUCUGAAGUUGAAUUUUACAAACAAAAGCAGAAUUUGAAUAAUGAAAUGGACCAGAAAUUCAUCAAGCAUACUGUCCCAUAUACAGAAAGCAGUGUUUAUUCAUCUUAUGAAUCAACUGUUCCUACAAACACUACUGUUUACCCAUUUAGAUUUUACAUAUAUGAAUUGCCAAGAAGUUUAAACAAAGACAUUCUUGAAUAUUGUCAUAAUUAUCUAGAUAGAAGCUGUUAUAAUUUUUCCUUGUAUGGAAUGGGAAGAAAAAUAGUACCAAACCAUUAUACAGAUGGAUCUAUAAGUAUAUGUGGUACACAUCAAUUUAAUUUGGAACCAAUUAUUCACGAAAAACUGAAAAGAAACCCUUUAAGAACAAGAAAUCCACAGAAAGCUGACAUGUUUUAUGUUCCUGCAUAUAUAGGACUAUUGUGCAUAUGUCAGAAUGAUAAAGCAUCAAAAAUGAUACAGACAUUGAAAGAUUUUCUGACAAACAGUUCCUAUUUUUCAACUGGGAAGCCUCAUUUUUCAACAGCUUCAAAAAUUGAAAAAGAAAUGGAAAGCAGUAAUUGCCCAUAUUUGUUUCAGUCUUUUACAAACAAAAUUACAUAUAUAACCAUUGAAAAGCAAAAAAUGUCAUAUGGAUUUAAUACUGUAUGGCCAUUUUCAAUAAUGUAUAAAAACUCAAUUAUAGUAGCGCCAUACCCGUCAUAUGGCCAUUUUCAACAAUCAAAAGAAAUAUAUCUGUCCACAGUGCCAAUUCAUGAUAGAGAUGUUUUUAUUCUUCUUCCUGCUGGUGAACACCCAUCAAGUCAUCAAAGACUGAAAAUUAUGAACCAAUUUGACAUUAAGACAAAAUUCCCAUACAGCAGAUUCAAAUUGUGCCAUGUAAACCAUUCAAACAGAAUGGUCCUGUUUUAUACCAAAGAGUGUGAUCAUAGUAUUAGUAAAUCAUUAUUUUCAUGGAUGCAGCAUUCAGUAUUUUGCUUACAGCCUCCAGGUGAUUCCCCUUCAAGAAAAUCCUUCUACGAUUCUAUCAUGAGUGGAUGCAUUCCUGUCAUUUUAACGGAGGAUGGACACAAUCCAUAUGCAUUUCAAGAGUUUCUAGAUUACUCAACUUUUACUAUUUCAAUUGAAGUGACUAAAAUUGUAGAACAGGGUCAUAACAUUUAUAAUCUCUUACAAGAUGUGUCAACUAUUCAAAUCCAAAAAAUGCAUGAAAAAAUAAGAAAGAUUGCUAAAUAUAUGCAGUAUUCCAUUCCUAGUGGUAGAAGAGAAAGAGAAAAUGAUGCUCUGCAGCUUAUAUUUCAUAAGUUGGCAAAUAAAUUUAAGCUUCCUUAUGACAAACAAUUACAAGGCAUAAAUUAGCUACAAUGUGUGUGCUCAACAUAAAUCUUUUUUUAUUAUUUAUUGUAAAACAUCAUUCAUUGGAAAUACUUUCUAUAAAAAAGAAGAUGUGGUAUGAUUGCCAAUGAGACAACUCUCCACAAGAGACCAAAUGACACAGAAAUUAAAAGCUAUAGGUCACUGUACGGCCUUCAACAAUGAGCAAAGUCCAUACUGCAUAUUCAGCUAUAAAAGGCCCCAAAAUCACAAAUGUAAAACAAUUCAAACGAGAAAACUAACGGCCUUAUUAAUGUACAAAAAAAAUCAACGAAAAACAAAUAAGUAACACAGCAACAAACGACAACCACUGAAUUACAGGCUCCUGACUUGGGACAGGCACAUACAUACAGAAUUUAUGUCUUUUAUGAACACAAUUUUAAAUUCCUGUUAAGUUUAAAUCUUGCACAUCUAUAUACAGGGGUUCAAAUUAGUGUGAGUCCUACGUCUUUUCUAGGAGU